AUGCCGGUGUUGAUAGCCCCAGUUGAGCACAGCCAGGACAUGCGCGUAGGAGCUCCAGCAUGGCGCGAGGCGGCCCGGGCCAAGAUGCAGAAGGCACACCAGCUGACCCAGCGCUGUGGGCAGGAGGCAGUGACCAUGUGGCAACCUAAGGACAGCGUGCAGGACCCGCACAUGGCGCGUCAUCUCUGCCGGGCUGCCUACAUCCAGCCAUGGCGCUUCCACGUGGAAAUGAUCAAAGGCGGGGGCUCCGUGGAGAAGCCGCCGCCUGGCGAAGGCGUCACGCUGUGGAAGAGCAAGAUGAAGCCACCGGUCUGGCACGCGCGCCUGCCGCUGCCCCUGACCCGCGAUGCGCUCGCCAUGCAGACAGCAGAGUUGGUGAACGCACACGCACGUGGAGCGCGCCUCACCGCCGCCCGCCUGUGCCGUGCGCAGCAGCAAGUCAACGGGCAGCUGCUGCUUCUGCAGCGCCAGCGUGAGGCUACAGACUACAGGCUCAGUGAGGUGCGAAAGGGCCUGCUGAUUAACCAGCAGAGCGUCAAGCUUCGGGGCUACCGGCCCAAAUCUGAGAAGGUCCCCGACAAAGCUGACAGUAUGCUUACCUGGGAGAAAGAUGAGUUAAAGAAGAUGAAGAGGAAGAUGGAGAAAGACAUGGAAAACUCAGAGGCCUUGCUCAAGACCCUGGCCUCCUGCAGGGACACUCUGGCCUUCUGCUGUAAGGAGAGGCUCCAAGCUGUGGACUUAAUGAACCAGCCACUGGACAAGGUUCUGGAGCAGGCUGGCCACCAUUCCUGGGUGAACCUCUCCAGCCUCCCCACCACGCACAUUCAGGGCCAGAAAAUGCCUCCUCCAGACCCUGUGGGCACUUUUACCCCAGAGUGCGCCACGGCUCUGUAUGAAGCCAAGCGACUGUUGAUGGAGUCCAAGGACGCCUUGCAAGAAAUGGCAAAGAACGAGGAGGGCAUCCGGGAGCAACAGCAGCAGAUAAGCGAUCGCGUGUGCGCUUCGCUGACCCAAAAGAUGCGCGAGACCUCGGAGCUGAAGGAAAAAAUGAACAUGACCUUAGGACUAAUGAGGGGAACUAUCCACCGGUGCACAAAAUUCAACCAAGAGAUGUCUAUCACCCGCGGUUUCAUCAAGGGUCCUCUGUCAAAAAAUUACCUGGAGACUCGAGAGAAGCUGGACAGACCCCUGGUUCGCGUGUAUCAGAGACACGUGGGCACCCAACUGCCUGAGGCCAAGCGCCUCACUCAGAGCACUGACAAAAUGCAGCGCCACAUGUCGCAUUUGGAAAAGAACCUGGAGGAUCUGCUCGCGGAGCGCCAGAAGCUCACCCACAGCCUCAGCUCCAAGAAGAUCGGGCACGACAUGGACUACGACGUGGUGCGCCUGCGCCUCCGCCAGCGGCACCCGCAUGUGUGCUACCAGCAGGCGCAGGGCCUGGUCAACGACUGGGACCCGCGCACGCCGCCGCACGCCGAGUCUCGCCCCGCCGGCAAGUGA